AUUUUUUUUACCCUCCUUUGGGGAUUUCUUCCAAAGUUGUCUUGACAGUCUGCAUUGAACUGUACACAUCGCUCAAAGCGGGGACUACUUCAUGCUUUCACGUUUCGAUCGUAAGCAUGUCGUUCACAAUACGCUUUUGGGUGCAUUGCCUUCUACGACUUUGCAAUCAGACAGGUCAUAACAAGCGAGGAUGGCAGCCGAGAUUGUUCUCAUCACAUGCAUGAUGUGGCUGGGACAAUGCUGCAUUUCGUGCAUGCUGUGUAACAUCUGACCCUGCUCCCCAACGACGUUUCCUGUCGUUCGCUGAAAGCACGAACGCACACACCAUCCCGCUUAUUUCCUUUGCUUUUUCGCUGCAUCUUUCUUCCGAACCAAGUACUACAUCCAACACAUGUUCGCGGCCCCCAACCAUCCCGCGCGAUGUCGCACCUCGCAUUUGGCUCGCUUUCGCUUUCCCUUGUGCCGCUUUUAUCCUUCUUCAAAAUCACGCGUUGCGAAGGCACGACUAACUUGUGGAUACUAGGCAACACAUACAGCAUUAAGAACCUCGCGAAGACCGAAAGCCGUAUCUUCUUCGCCCAAGCAUAUGAGACUACCGUCCAGGAAUGAGUCUUUCUUGCAAGACUUGCA